AUGCCGUUCUCCGACAACCUCUACUCCAUCGACGACGACUCAGACACCGAGCCAAUUGGCCGGGCUGACCACCAUCUUCAGCCCGUGAAUGAUGGACACCGGGAUCAUCUAAGAAGCGGGAACGAAGCCGACGACGAGGUGUUCGCUCCGGCUGAUGGCUACUUCCACGCAGCCUCGCCGCCCGGGCCAUAUGGUACUCCUGCAGUAGCAGCAUCAUCCAAUGUUCCCCAUGUACCUAAUGUCUGGGUCCGUGACCCGUCUCUUGAACAAGGGACUACUGCUGAGAGCAAGGCUCGAGAGGCACGCCAGGAAACGUUGGCAAACAACGCUGCCUUUAAUUUCCCACACGAUGGUGAAUUGGCCCCAGCUGGACGUGAACACGCCUCUUCUGCGUACGCCUACCAACCAUCCCAUCGAAGCUCCGGCUCCACCUCCAGCAGGGCCGCGCAGUACCAGCCGUCAUCGGCCGCGUACACGCCUUCGACGACAGCAUCUUAUACGUCGUAUGCCCCUCGGCAGCGGCCCUCUGAGCCCUCUGACCAGCGCUCGCCCUUCUUCUCCCAGGACGCACCACCUGCUUACACUCCAUCCGCCACUGCUUCGUCAACGUCGCCGACCACAUCCCAGGCUCGAACUGACUUGUCCCGGAAUUACAGUACCUUCUUGCGAUCCGACAUGGGGCGAGAGGAGACUCAGGGCCUGCUGGCCGAUAACCCCCAGAGUAUGGGAGGCCCAGAUGACGAGUUCGCAGGCGUCACGCCGGCAUGGAGGGAACGAGUCAAACGCCGUGUCCCUUACCUCAACGGGAGGAACUGCAGGGUGAUACUGCUUGGCUUGGUCUUGCUGGCAAUCACCCUUGGCUUUCUCAUCAGCGCUGUCACAUCGGUCCAUAAUGAGAAAGAAAGUCACCCUUCUCCUGAGGACCCGCCAGCCCAAAAAGAUCCGCAACCAAUAACUAACCCUCCUCAUAUGGACGACCCUGCCUUUGACGGCGACCACCCCUGGAAUCCCGACCGCUUUUGCAAGGAUCUUGCAUUCAGACAACCCUCAUUUUCGUUCGAUCUAUCCUUUGGGUCAGGAAAGGAACUCUCGAUCGUGCAGGAUGUUAAAAAGGAUGACCCCAUCAGGGGCCGGGACGUCAAAGUCUCCGGAGACGUCAUCUUCCGUCGAUCUCGUGGAGGGGACCCGGGUCCUUCGGCCGUGGUCAGCGUCAUCACCAAUGACGAGAACAUCACCCCUGAAAUCCAGUUCCUCUCGGAUCCCCAAGCCCUGCUUGUUACAGUACCUCGCAGCCUCCCCUGGGGCGAAAGCAGUACAUGGCCCUGUAUGAGAGUCCAAGUUACCGUUUGGGUCCCGGCGGAUGCCGCCCUCUACGCCCUUGACGUUGAAACCGUCCACCUAGGCAUCCAGUUGGUGGACGACCUGUCGUUGCAAGUCGGCCAGACAACGCGCCUCACCACCGUCGUUGGCCCCGUCGUAGCAGCUGACGGGACAGACCCGCUCGAUGACGGCGCCCCCAGUUCCUUCAACCUCGAGAGUCGGUGGAUCGAGGUCAAAUCGACAUCAGCUGACAUCAAGGGGCAUUGGCCCCUGUAUGAUUACCUGGGGUUGCACAGCACUUCCGGCAACAUCCGCGUCGGCAUCGAGCCCAGAGAAGUGAGCGAAGAAGCGGCCAAACCCGCGAACCUGUACAUCAAGUCGCUCUCCGGCGACGUCGAGUUCCAGGAGCCCAUCCAGAGAGCCAAGGCCGGAAAGUACGUCCCGCCGCGAGACUACCGAGUCAACAUCGAGACGACGAGCGGCGACAUCAAGGGCGGCCUGGCGUUCAGCUCGACCUGCCGAUUCCACUCCACGAGCGGCGACUUGGACGUGGACCUCCUGCCGGUGCUGGAUACGGACCUGGCCAUCGAGGCCAGGAAGUACGCCUGGCUCGAGACGGCGAGCACCAGCGGCACGACCACGGUCCGCGUCCGCGACCCGCUGUGGUUCGAUGGCAUCAGCGUUCGCGCCUCGUCCGCAGCCGAAGUCCAGGCCCAACAGCAGCAAGCUGCCGCCGCCGCCGCAGCAGCAGCAGCGGAGGCUCCGGCCUUCCGCUCCCUGCGGAGCAGGCACAGCACCACGUCGGCGAACAUCAAGGUGCGCUACCCGCCGUUGUGGGAGGGCGACCUCGACCUGAGCACCAUCUCGGGGCGCCUGAGGGUGUCGGGCAAGGACGUCAGGAAGAUCAAGGAGGGGAGCGAGUGGCCGGGCGUGAACAAGCACCUCUUGGCGAGGAAGGGCGCCGAGGGCGCUGGGUCUGUCACGCUGAAGACUACGUCGGGCAAUAUUGAUGCGGCCGUGUAUUGA